AUGAUCCAGAAAAAAACAGAUAUCAGCAAGAGAGGCGGCGCGACAAUUCGCGAUUCCAAACAGACAAUAUUAAAUAAAGUAAACAAGUCUCAUACAAAGUCUGUCGGAUGUCCAACGCGAUUAUCUGAAGACCAAGAAGCCAAAUUUAUUAAAGUUUUAAUUGCUACUGGGGAAUUCGGAUGCCCACUUAGUAAAUUGGAUCUUCGCCUCGUCGUGUUUGAAAACUUGAAAAAGAAUGGCCGCGAGGAUGUAUUUAAAGGAGGGCCUCCUGGAAAAGCAUGGCUUGAUAAUUUUUUGUCAAGACAUUCAUCAGAUUUGUCAGUUCGUAGCACGCAGAAUAUUAAAAAAAAUAGAGCUGAGAAAGGGGUUGAUGAGUUCAUGGAAUAUUUUAGAAAUUUAGAAGAGACUUUGAAAGAUGUUGCUCCAUCAAAUAUACUCAAUUUUGACGAAACAAAUUUAACAGAUGAUCCAGGAUCUUUAAAAUGUAUAUUUAGGCGAGGAAUAAAAUAUCCCGAGCGAGUGCUCAAUUUAACUAAAGGAGCCAUUUCGCUGAUGUUCUCAGUUACAGCGAACGGGAGUUUGCUACUUAUUUACGUUGUCUAUAAGGCAGAGAAUUUAUAUUCUGAAUGGAUACAGGGCGGACCGCGUGGCACUAGGUAUAACCGCACAAGAUCUGGGUGGUUUGAUUCUUUUGUUUUUGAGGAUUACUUUAACACAACUAUUAUGGAUUGGGCAAAGUCUUUACCUGGUAAAAAGGUCAUUAUAUGCGAUAAUUUAUCAAGCCACUUAAAUGUGAGUGUUAUCGAAUUAUUUGAUCAAGUUGAAAUAUAUUCAUCUAAAAAUAUCAAAAGCGGAUUCAGAGCAACGGGGAUCUACCCAUUCAACCCAAGAGAAGUACUGAAGCGUGUACCAGAGUAUCAAGAAGAUGUGGCAUCAUAUGGGAUUGACAAUGCAUUGCUAGACUACUUAAAGCAUAGCAGAGAGAAGACUAGCAGUAAAAAAAGGAAGAAAAAACGUCGUUUGAGAAAAACUGUCAAAAAGGAAAACGUAGUAAACUAUUUGAUAUUAUGUCUUGUGUUAUCACAAAAAGUAUAUUGCUGUAUUUCUUUGGUAUUUACUAGAAUGUGA